GUGCUGCGGUUCGCGCCGCCAUCUUGAAUUUUACUCUCCAUUUUUCUGUGGAAUUAUUUUUUGGUGAUUAAUUUUCUGAGGGGACGGGAAAGAGUGGCCCGGCAGCGUGGGUCCCCCUUUCCCGUCGCAGUGGCCGGGCAACGGGGCCUCGAACGCGCCCGAGCGGCAUCGGCCGGCCGCGGAGAGAACAUUGAAAUUAUUUUCUAAGCUAUUUGAAGAGAGUGACUAAAUGCACCUGGGUCAGGCUGGCUGUGGGUAUGAAGUGGUUGGGAGAAUCCAAGAACAUGGUGGUGAAUGGCAGGAGAAAUGGAGGCAAGUUGUCUAAUGAUCAUCAGCAGAACCAAUCAAAAUUACAGCACACUGGCAAGGACGCCUUGAAGACUGGCAGAACCACAGUCGAGAGGAGGUCAAGCAGAUGUAAUGGUAAUUCAGGAUUUGAAGGACAGAGUCGCUAUGUGCCAUCUUCUGGAAUGUCUGCCAAGGAACUCUGUGAAAAUGACGACCUAGCAACCAGUUUGGUUCUUGAUCCCUAUUUAGGUUUUCAGACACACAAAAUGAAUACUAGCGCCUUUCCUUCGAGGAGCUCAAGGCAUUUUUCAAAAUCUGAAAGUUUUCCUCAUAACAACCCUCUGAGAUUUCGGCCUAUUAAAGGAAGGCAAGAAGAACUAAAGGAAGUAAUUGAACGUUUUAAAAAAGAUGAACACUUGGAGAAAGCCUUCAAAUGUUUAACUUCAGGUGAAUGGGCACGGCACUAUUUUCUUAACAAGAACAAAAUGCAGGAGAAAUUAUUCAAGGAGCAUGUAUUUAUUUACUUGCGAAUGUUUGCAACUGACAGUGGAUUUGAAAUAUUGCCUUGUAAUAGAUAUUCAUCAGAACAAAAUGGAGCCAAAAUAGUUGCAACAAAAGAGUGGAAACGAAAUGACAAAAUAGAAUUACUGGUGGGUUGUAUUGCCGAACUUUCAGAAAUUGAGGAGAACAUGCUACUGAGACAUGGAGAAAACGACUUCAGUGUCAUGUAUUCCACAAGGAAAAACUGUGCACAACUCUGGCUGGGUCCUGCUGCAUUUAUAAACCAUGAUUGCAGACCUAACUGUAAGUUUGUGUCAACUGGUCGAGAUACAGCUUGUGUAAAGGCUCUAAGAGAUAUUGAACCUGGAGAAGAAAUUUCUUGUUAUUAUGGAGAUGGAUUUUUUGGUGAAAAUAAUGAGUUCUGCGAGUGUUACACUUGUGAAAGACGGGGAACUGGUGCUUUUAAAUCCAGAGUAGGACUGCCUGCGCCUGCUCCUGUUAUCAAUAGUAAAUAUGGACUCAGAGAAACAGAUAAACGCUUAAAUAGGCUUAAAAAGUUAGGUGACAGCAGCAAAAAUUCAGACAGUCAGUCUGUCAGCUCUAACACUGAUGCAGAUACCACUCAGGAAAAAAACAAUGCAACUUCUAACCGAAAAUCUACAGUUGGUGUGAAAAAGAAUAGCAAGAACAGAACGUUAACAAGGCAAUCCAUACCGAGAAUUCCUGCUUCUUCCAACUCUACCUCAUCUAAGCUAACUCAUAUGAAUAAUUCCAGGGUACCAAAGAAACUGAAAAAGCCUGUAAAGCCUUUACUUUCAAAAAUAAAACUAAGAAAUCACUGCAAGCGACUGGAGCAAAAGAAUAAUUCAAGAAAACUCGAAAUGGGAAACUUAGUACUUAAGGAGCCUAAAGUUGUCCUGUAUAAAAAUUUGCCCAUUAACAAAGACAAGGAGGCCGAGGGCCCAGUCCAAGCUGCAGCUGCCAGCGGGUGCUUGACGAGACACGCAGCCAGAGAACACAGGCAGAAUCCUGGGAGAGGUGCUCACUUGCAGGGCGACAGCUCGCCCUGCACCCACAUAACCAGGCGCUCAGUGAGGACGAGGACCAGUCUGAAGGAAACCUCUGACCCCAAGCUGGAACCAAACAUGGUAGAUGGCUAUAAAAACAGCAUGACCGAGCCUUGCCCAGACAGCGGUGAGCAACCAGCUCCCACAGCGCAGGAAGAACUGGCUCAUGAGCCCAUGCUGAAGGGGGAAGCCACGUGUCCUAAGAGCGACCCCAGUGUGUCCAGAAAGAAGUCACGACAAGGAAAACUCAUGAAACAGUUCUCAAAGCUAGAGGACUCCACACCAGGACAUGAUUCCCCUGAAAGAGAUGGCGGGGUGCCAGAGUUGGUGGGGCCCCUUUCUGACCAGGGUGAGCCCAGUGGCACUGUCGGAGCUCCUGGGAGCUAUGCAGACUGUGCUCCUUCCCCUGUUGGUUGUUCAGUUGUCACAUCCGACUGCUUCAAAGCAAAAGAUGGCUUUAGAACUGCAAAAACUAAAAAGAAGAGGCGAAUCACAAGAUAUGAUGCACAGCUCAUCCUAGAAAAUAAUUCUGGGAUUCCCAAAUUGACUCUUCGUAGGCGUCACGAUAGCAGCAGCAAGACAAACGACCAAGAGAAUGAUGGGAUGAAUUCUUCAAAAAUAAGCAUCAAAUUAAGUAAAGACCAUGAAAAUGACAGUAAUCUCUAUGUAGCAAAGCUUAAUAAUGGAUUUAACUCAGGAUCAGGUAGUAGCUCUACAAAAUUAAAAAUCCAGCUGAAACGGGACGAGGAAAGCAGGGGGUCCUAUGUAGAAGGGCUACAUGAGAAUGGCGUGUGCUGCAGUGACCCACUUACUCUCCUGGAGUCACAGAUGGAAGUGGACGACUACAGUCAAUACGAGGAGGAAAGUACAGACGAGUCCUCCUCUUCAGAGGGCGAUGAGGAGGAGGAGGACUAUGAGGACGACUUCGAAGACGACUUUAUCCCUCUUCCUCCAGCUAAGCGACUAAGGCUGAUAGUUGGGAAAGACUCUAUAGAUAUUGACAUUUCUUCAAGAAGAAGAGAAGACCAGUCAUUAAGACUUAAUGCAUAAGCCCUUGGUCUUAGUUUGACCUGGGAUAACUACUUUAAAAAAAAAUUCCAGUCGAUGAUUCCUCAACUGAACCAUUUUAGUGGCAGCACUUCUAUUGUCUCUUCACUUAUCAGCAUAAUAUUGUAGAAAGUGUACAGCAUACUGACUCUUCCUAAGUCUGAUUUGUGCAAAUUUUUAUCGUACUUUUUAAAUAGCCUUCUUAUGUGCAAUUCUGAGCUAGAGUUAAAGCCCUGUUGUAAAAUAAAGGCUCCAGCAAAAUUGUACAGUGAUAGCAACUUUCCACAUGGGACGCUGAAACAAUAAUGUGGCUACACACUUUUUUAAAAACUGAGGCAUCUGCUGGCUCUUUAAUAUAUGACUAAACAAUAAUUUAAAACAGAUCAUAGUAGCAGCAUAUUAAGGUUUCGAGUAUAUGCUAAUAUCACCAGCAAUUAUCUUUGGCUUUUUGAUUUAUUUGCUAGAUGUUUCCCCUCAGAGUUUUGUCAGUUUCACACUGUUGCUGGCCCAGGUGUACUGUUUGUGGCCUUUGUUAACACAGGAAAAUGUUCAGUUGGAAGUCAAAUUGGUUUCUUUAAAAACGAAAUGACAUGCGUGACAGCUUACUUUUCAGUAGCUUGUAUGUAUGAGGUUAGCAGUGUGCAGGACGAGUUUCAGAGCAGCGUAUUUAUUGCUUGUCGUAAAUUAAAGACCCUGUAUUUAACACUUUUCAACCCUUUUAGAUAAAAUUGUUCUUUGCAAGAAUGAUUGGUGCUUAUUUUUUCAAAAAUUUGCUGUGAACAAUGUGAUGACAACAAGCAACAUUGACCUAAUGAACUACAGCUAUAUCUUAAAUUUGGUUCUUCAAGUUUUCUGUUGCACUUGUAAAAUGCUACAAGGAAUAUUAAAAAUCUAUUCACUUUAACUUAUAAUAGUUUAUGAAAUAAAAACAUGAGUCACAGCUUUUGUUCUGUGGUAACCUAUAAAACUGUUUGUCUUUGGAAUUCAAUGUAAAGAGCUGAAAACGAUGUAUAUGUUGUAAAUAUUUGUGUGUUGUGAGAAAUUUUUGUCAUAAGAAAUUAAAAGAACUUACCAGGAAGGUUUUAAGUUUAGAAAUAUUCAUGCCAAUAAAAUAGGAAAUUAUAAAUAUAUAGUUUUAAGCACUGCAUCAGUGGGAGUUCUUGGCUUAUGUUAGUUUAUUAAGAAAAUAUCAAAGAUGUUUUGAUUAUAUUGUCAGUUAAAAAGAGGAGUCAGAUUUAAUUUGUUUUUUUAAGCACUUUGAGAAGAGAAAUUUUAAGUAACUUAAUGAGCAAAUUUUUUUUAAUGAGCAUUUGAUUACUACUUUAUGUUCAAUACCAGGCUCUUUCAUUUUUCUGGAUUACUUUACAACUCAAUUUGGAUCUAUAAAUCUGUAACAGGUGUUUGACACCAGUAGGUCUCUUUAUUUACUGGGAGAUGUGUACUUGUAUGUUGGGAUAUACAGUGCCCCUAAAUAACAUCAGUUUAGGGGUCCAUAUAAUGUCUGUAGAAAAGUAGCCUGUGUCUUAUAAUCUUAAAAGGAAUCUGCAGGUAAUGAAAAGUCCAGUGGAAAAAAUCUCAAGGCUUAAGGUUUGGGGGACGUUAUUUAAAUUAAGUUCCUUAAAAGUAUUACCAGUAGGUUCCGAAUAAGAAGUACUAAGGUUCAUAAAAGCUUGUUAGGUUCUGUAAGGAGUUCCCUCUGUAGUCCUGUGCAGUCUCAUGCUUGUAUGUUAUGGUGCAGUCUGAUCCUCAGGUAUUAAUUUGGAAGCAGGUAUAGGCAGACCCCCCACACACUCCUUUUUGCUGCAGCUUAUGAAGUGGGGCAGCCCUGGGGGGGUCUCAGGAGCUCCUGUCCUGAGCACUUGCAGACACAUGGCAUCCUCAUGGGGCCCCCUCCCGGAAGCAUGAGACACCGCUAGAAAUGAAGGUGGACACUCACGUGUGCCCAAAGGCCAUGGGUCGCCGCUGAUUCCCACGUUUGCUCGAGGGUGUUUUGAAAUUGUUCAGAGACUAAAUCUUGAUUUUCUUUGAACACCAACAAUAGCCAUUUCAGGAAUUUCAGUCUUAAGGCAAGAAUAACACAUUUCCCAUUUUUGCUCCACUUUUAAGCCUAAUUUUAGUAACUUAUUUAUGAUUUUUUUAAAUUUUAUUGUGGCCUCAUCUUUUGGGGCUGACCUUCCCAUGGGUCUCAGGAGCAGUGACAUUUGGUGACAAGUCACUGCCUCUCAGGAGUCGGUAUGCACAAGCACUCAGCAGCCACUGCUGAUGCCUUCUAGGGAAAUUAACUUCCGUUUCUAAAGCUAGGGGCCUCGGGACUUCUUGAUCUGCUGUAGAACCUCACCAUGCGAGAGUGGUGAGGCUCACACACUCUUGAUCAGUUUGGAAGAGGUGGCAUUCAAUAAAACUUUAGCUUGAGCUUAUGCAAUGAUUGGUAACAUUUUUGGCAUUGUAAGAAUUAGGAAAUGAUCAUAGAAAUAUAUGUAAAGUAUUCAAUUUUCAAUCAUUUUUCAAAUUACUGUUUUAAAUUGUUUUGCUGAGUUGUAAUACUUUUGAGAUAUAAUGUAUUCCUUGUACUGAAAGAAUGAAAAAGGACUUUUUCAGCAUUUGAGGUAAGUUCUUUAACGUUUCAUUAAAAACAUUUUUUACAAAUAUUUUGUACAUGCACUUGCAGUAUUGAGGUUAAUCAUUUUAAUAAAUUCGGAAAUUAAAACA